CUGCGCCGUUAUCGACAGCUUGUGUUCACUUCUGACCAGGAAGAGUCUGCAAGAGGAAAACACAAAGACAAGAUCAAGAGAAGAAGGGAAGAUACUCUGGAGAAAACUUACUCCAACCGGACAAUAGCUUUUGCGCAUUCCCUCUUACGGAUAAUACAACAACAAAUACUGCGAACAUGCCUGUCUCGAGGAUGAGGAUGAGGCCGUGGCUGGAGCAGAUGAUCGAGUCCAACACCGUCUCGGGGCUGCACUGGGUUGACAAGGACCAGAAGAUGUUCUGCAUUCCCUGGAAGCACGCGGCUCGGCACGGCUGGGAGAUGGAUAAGGACGCCUCUCUGUUCAAAAUGUGGGCCAUCCACACCGGGAAGUACACUCAUGGCCAGAACACCGACCCAAAGACGUGGAAGGCCAACUUCCGCUGCGCGAUGAACUCGCUGCCUGACAUUGAGGAGGUGAAAGACAAGAGCAUCCACAAGGGCCAACAAGCCGUGCGCGUCUUCAGAAUGCUGCCUGUCACCCCGAAGUCUGGAGAUAAACACAGAAAACCAAAGGACAAAAAGCAGAGGAGGAAGGUGGUCAAGACAGAGGAAGACACAGACUACAGCGAUACUCAGUCGCCCAUGCAUUUGUCAAUGAUGGAGGAGUCCACCCAGGAGAACACGGUGGACAGCACAGUGAAGACAGAGCAGCAAGUUUGUGGAUCGGACCAUUUGGUCCCCGACUGGGCUCUCUCACUCGAGGUCGAGACAGAUAACUUUUCCAACAACUAUUGCCAGAGAUUCCAAGUUUCACCCGACCACAGCCCCGAUUACAGCUACUCCGAUGACAUUAUUGAGAUUUGCAAGCAACUGGAGAGAGAUGCAAACUUUUUGCCGAGCAGUAUAGACGUCAUGGGGUUCCUGAACAAUGAAGCGUGCACCAGUCCAGGGAGCCAGUGGAGUGACUCUUCCUCAGCCGACGACUUAGACGAUAUGCCACAAUACACAACUCUGUCGUCGGACCCCACCAUGGACGACCCCUGGAACGUGCUUUGCCAUCCGUUGACCUCCAUGCUCUGAUUGUCCCAGGACAGGACAGGACAGGGCAAUUCUUUGACACUGAACUUUAAAGGGCUCCUCCUGACCACCACCCUCCCUCAUCCUCCCAGUCGACUCUCCCGUCAUCCCCCCCUCCAGACUGUGACAGGCGGCGUCCACACUUUAAGCUAAAGCACGGACCCCUCCCUCAAUUCCUCCUCCGACCCGACCGUGCC